UCAGCAGCCACACACCAACUCAGCUGAACUUCCAGGUCUUCUCGGGCUUUCUGGCGUUCAGGUUUCCGCGGUAUGAGCUGUUCAGCCAGACAGCCUUUAAAACCGCGUCUACACUCGCUUCGGGAACUUGGAGGAAGUCGAGUGGUCUGCGGUUUUGCUGUGAGUGACUGGGAGAUGGCGCCCCGUGGAAGGAAUCCGAGAAGACCCCGCGGGACUCAAGAAACAGCUCGGAGACCACCUAGCGGAGCAUCCAGAAGCUAGGUGAAGAGGAGCCGAGAGACUCUGCAGCUCUGUUUCUAAUGCAGCGUCCUGCUCAGGAUGGCUCUCAUGUUCGGGAAAGCGAGAACGUGCAACAUCGUGACGGUGCCAGAGCACGAGCCCGCGGAGUGCAAUGUGGUUGUUCUGGGAGCUCUGGGUUCUGGCAAAUCCGCCCUGACUGUGAAGUUCCUCACAAAGAGGUUCAUUAGUGAAUAUGAUCCAAAUCUUGAGGACACUUAUUCCUCAGAGGAGAUCGUGGACCAGCAGCCAGUUCUGGUCAAAGUGAUGGACACAGCCGACCAGGAUGGGCCAGUAAACUGUGAGCGCUACUUGGGUUGGGCGAGCGCAUUUCUCAUCGUCUACAGCAUUGAUAACAGAUACAGCUUCGAGGUGUGCCAGCAGUAUCUGGAGACUGUUACGCUGUACACCAAAGGCCUGCAGUCAGAGGCUUCCAUCAUUCUAUUGGGCAACAAAGUGGACAUGGAGAGAUACAGACAGGUCAGUAAAUCAGACGGAGCGUCCCUGGCUGCCCGCUUCAGCUGUCUGUUCUUUGAAGUGUCCGCUUGUCUGGACUUCUCAUCUGUUCAGCACGUUUUUCACGAAGCGGUCCGUGAGGUCCGGCGUGAGGUGGAGAGAAGCCUGUCAGUCCGGCCGCUCUUCAUCAGCGAAGACAGACCCACCAUCAGCCUCUCGGCCGCACCUCCGCUACUGCCUUGCUACAAGGAGCUGCCCACCCCAGCCACCGCCAAGCUGGUCACUGUCAAGUCCUCAAGAGCUCAGAGCAAGCGCAGGGCCCCCACACUGACCCUCCUGAAAGGAUUCAAGAUUUUCUGACUCAAUGCUGCCCCCUGUUGGUCCUGGGAGAUAAAUGGUUCAGAAGGUCUUCAUAGACUUUUUGAGUACACCGCAAAGAUGUUUUGCUUAAACGGCUCACUGAGUCAUAAAUACAAAUUUGCCAUAAUAUUAGGUUAACACAGUGAAUCAAGCUGGCAACCAAAGUACCAGUUAAUAACUUUUUUUGCAAUAAGUGAUGCUAUUGGUCCAUUACAGUUAACAUUCGUGUUGUAAACCUGAGAACCUGACGACCUCGGUGCAAACAUGUCAUUGCAAUUUUCCAACUUUACAAGAUGGCCUGGACUGUCUGAAUGCACCGCCAGUCAGAACUCACUCAAGGAUACUUAAGACAUCGACCUGCUGAUGACGUUACCACAUUAGUAUCAGACUGCCCCUUAAAUCUUUUUAAAACGGGCUUGAAUUGCUGCUUAUGCAAGUUACCUUAAGUGCUUUAUUCCAUGUACUGUAAUAGACACUUUAACUUGUAGUCACCGUUAGUAGAGAUGGCACAAUAUCACAUUUACUUUUCUCAUCAUAUUGAAACCGUGAGUAUCUGCCUUUAUGGAACUGAUAUUUGUUUCUUUAUAAACUUCAAAGCUUUAAAAUAAGCUAUUUCAAAUUAAAGCUGUUCAUUUAUGAAAGAUGAUCAUACAAAA